AUGCUUCCGCAAGUGUUGCUGGUGCUCCACGGCACAUCGACUGUCCGCACUCGCAUGGGUCGCCACGUUGAGCUGUACCAUGUCACGUUGAAGCACAAAUUCGCGGCGAAAGAGGCAAACGUUCGAUACAAGACAUUGCGAAAGUAUUUGAACAAGCUUGGAGCUCUUGACAGUCCGGUGGAUGAGCUCGUCGUGCCCCCUAAGCAUCCUCUGCACUCAUCAUCCAACAAAGCCAUUGUAGACACCCGAGUGCGGCAGUUCCGAGCGUGCUUCCACACCCUUUCCGCAAGAGUCCUCACGGAUGCCCAAAUCCAGAUCCUGCACAACAUGAUGGACGAAGCCAACGCAAUGAUACAACAGUACAAAAUUCUUGCGCAAUCCUCCAUCAACGGCAGCAACGGGCGCACCGAGUCAUCACCGGAGGUCUCUGAAACAAACGGCGACGACGCUCCCAACCAAAACAACGACGAAAGUCCACGAAACAAAAAGCCGUUGAAUGCUGCCCUGAAGCGGCCAUCACAGCUGCGGCCAUAUGACAACGCAUUUGCUGCGUUAAACAAAGCCCGCAAGUCCAACAACGAUUCUCCGAUCGACCGCAGCAUCGAACCACUUGUUCAGAGGGCCGCAACGUCGGCCGAGUUGUCCAAGUACUUCGAACGCUUGGCAGACGACAUGUUGUUGGAGUUGCACACGGUGACGCCGUACCGAUCCAACUCGAUUCGGCUCCCUCCACUGCAGUCGAAAACGAACCGACCAGUGGACAUGCGACUCGAGUACACGGAAGAGGAUGCUGCGUACUUGGAGCAGCUUGCAAUGGAAACGUGGUCGAACGCUUUGAACGACGGCGAGAUGCUCGAUGACGUGCCAGAUGACGACGGCAACGCACUUCAUCUCGAUCGGGAACACGAGCGAGUUUUGGAAGCGGAAGAGUUUGCGAAUGCCCGCGGAAAGACGGCGCCCAUGGACGACGAGGUCAUCCAUGACAUGGCGCAUCUGUAUUUUGCCAGCUACUACGACGACAGCGACGGAGAAGUUGACGAUAGCCACAUAAAGCAGACGGCGUCGAAGGGCCGGGCGAUGGGAAAGGCCAAGGGCGAGGCGGCUUCCAGGGCAAGCAUGAGCCACGUCCUUCAAGGCUACAUCGGCGACAUCUACAGCGACGACAGCAACGCGCCAUCGACGCGAGCAGGGCGACGCCCCUCGAUCUCCAUGACAGCAUAG